AUAUCGAGCAGCGCCAUGGGCAUCGAUUUCGAUGUGAACGAUUACAUCAAAACACUCAAGAAGGACGCAGGCCCAUUCAAAUGUCCGAUGUGUGAGAAGACGUACAAGUCGGUGAUAGGAUUGCAGUAUCAUCUGAACAACUAUGACCACGAUAACCCGUCCCCGGCCGUACCAGCCUCGGUGUCGACUCCCAUCAAGCAGAAGGGCCGCAAGCUGAAGGUGGGCGUUACACCGAAAAACCAAAUUGCUUCCAGUCCACCGAAGGAAGGGAUUACAUAUCUCGAAACGGAACACCUCGUACGUCUGGAUUGUAAUGGCAAGACAGUGAAAAUUCCUGUGCUGGACGCUCUGCCUGUAAUGUCACUCGAGGAGUACGAGAGCAAAUGCAAGACCGUGUCCGAUUUCGAAGCAUUUGCCGUGACGCCGCCGGAAGAACCGGAAGUGCAGCUGCCGGAGGGCAAAUUUAAGGAGAUCGAAGAUUACACAAUCUGUGAUGCACCGGCCCGGCCAAACGCUUACAUCCGUUUCAUCGAAAAAUCGAGUGAAGAGCUUGACGGGGAGGUUGAGUACGAUGUGGAUGAGGAGGACACGACAUGGCUGAGCAUUAUAAAUGAACGGCGCGCGGCACAGAACGUUGGACCGGUGCCGGUGGAUUCGCUCGAACUGCUGAUGGAUCGGUUGGAGAAGGAAUCGUUCUUUCAGGCGGCUGCUAACGGUCAGAAUGGAGCCGUGGUGGACGAUGAUGCCGUGUGCUGUAUCUGCAUGGACGGGGAAUGUCAAAAUACGAACGUGAUUCUGUUCUGCGACAUGUGCAAUCUGGCUGUGCAUCAGGAUUGCUACGGUGUGCCGUACAUUCCCGAAGGGCAGUGGCUUUGUCGACGGUGUUUACAAAGUCCAAGUCGUCCGGUCGACUGUGUUCUGUGUCCCAACACCGGUGGUGCGUUCAAGCAGACAGAUCAUGGACAGUGGGCCCACGUCGUGUGUGCAUUAUGGAUCCCGGAAGUUCGAUUCGCCAACACCGUGUUCCUGGAACCGAUCGAUUCCAUCGAAACCAUUCCAGCGGCCCGAUGGCGCCUUACGUGCUACAUCUGCAAACAGAAGGGCAACGGGGCGUGCAUUCAGUGCAACAAAACGUAUUGUUACGCGGCAUUCCAUGUUACCUGUGCCCAGCAGGCGGGUUUGUGCAUGCGCAUGGAUACGGUGAAAGGCUCAGACAGCAAUCCGGUUGUGGUACAAAAGAUGGCCUACUGCGAUGCGCAUACACCACUGAAUGCGCUUCAGACAACGCCGGGCAAUUCGCCUGAGGGCGGCCCUCCAACGGAUGCACGAGAGGUGACGCGAGAGAAAAUGAAAAAAGCUCGGAAGCUGCUUGCAUUGAAACGGACUAGCGCACCGGUCAUUCUCAUACCGACGAUUCCACAGAACCGCAUCGAGGAAAUCUCAUCGUUGGUGAAUAUUCCGAAGAAACAACAGUUCAUUCAACGUCUGAUUGCCUAUUGGACCCUCAAGCGUCAAUAUCGGAACGGAGUUCCACUGCUGCGUCGACUACAAUCGCAGGGUCAAGCGCAAGGAACGGGUAUCCCCGGUUGUCGUGAUCGAACUGAUGGCUCGCCGGACGCUCAAGAGCUCUACCAGCAGCUAAAGUAUUGGCAGUGUCUCCGACAGGAUCUGGAGCGAUCCCGACUGCUGUGUGAGUUGGUGCGCAAACGUGAGAAAAUUAAGCUCAUUUUGAUCAAGACCACAGAACAGCUUGUAAUGGCUACAUUGAACCCGAUCGAAAGUGUUUUGCAUCGAAUAUUGGAUCAGCUGGAGGUGAAGGAUGAUAAAGAGAUCUUUCGCGAACCAGUAGACACGGAAGAGGUGCCGGACUACACCGACAUCGUGAAGCAUCCGAUGGAUCUGGGCACGAUGAGACAGAAGCUGAAACGUGGAAUGUACGUUCGCAUUGAAGAUCUGGAACAGGACUUUGCGUUGAUGAUCCGGAAUUGUCUGGCAUACAACAACAAAGACACCAUGUUCUACCGAGCGGGCGUACGGAUGCGAGACGCCGGUACGAUCGUUUUCCGAACGGUGCGCAAGGAACUCGAACGAGCUGGCCAUUUCCAACAGCCACCGCCCGUGGAGUCUGUGCCUUCAAGUAUUGCUGCGCCUGCCGGAAGUAGUAGAUCGAUCAGUUCCAGCGAGGAUAACAUUGCGAUGGACAUAGAGAAUGAACUGACGAAGAUUACGGGACAGUCGGCAAACGCGGAACACAUCGGCAAGCUGCAGACAUUGUUGAGCAAAGCGAACGGAAUACGCCAUGCGUUGACGCGCUCGAAGCGCAUCAAACAGAUUCGCAAUGAGAUUGCGCGCGUGAAGCGUGCGAUCAGCAAAGAUCCGGAGCGUGCCUUGGUAAACGAUCGCAGUAUAACCUCCGAUUUGAUUGGAUCAGCAGCCAGUUUAUCAUCGCUCGGUGGAGCCGCUUCAUCGUCUCUGGCCGGUUCAACGCAUUCGCCGAAAAAGUUAACUCAUGCCAUACAUGCGGACCCCUCUACCAGCGGCAUUGCGGAUCUGAUAGGAAGCGGCCUUUCUGCCGCUCAGAAACAUCACCAAAUCACACCAGACGUGAGUCCGCAUAAAGUGCUUAACAACAGUCCUUCGCCCUCUGGAGUUAAUCGAAGAACGGCGGUUCUGUUCACGCGUAAAGCUCAGGCGGCGUUAAAGAAGCCGGAAACACCGGCGAAACAGGAUGGUCCAGGUUCUGGAACCGGAGCUGGCAGUAGUGGAGGUGGCCCAAGCGGACCAACUGUAACCCCAAUGACAACGACGGAACUGCUUCAGAAGACGGCAAAAAAGAUCAAUCGUGGCAAGCGGAUUGGCAAAAGUGGGAAGAGCAUUGAAUCGUUCCUUGAGGCAACGUCCGCUUCGGCACUGGACGGCAAACCGGUGGAACGGAAAUCGUUGGAAGCCAUCCCGGACAGUUUUCGUGUGUACCGUGGACAGCAGGAUCGGGAAAUUAGCGACUCGGAGAGUAAUCUCAGCCUUACUGGAAGUACCUGCAGCAGCUGCAGCGGAUUUAGUGGAAGCGGAACCGAAUCGGAAUUUGGUUCUAGCAAUGACGAUUCAUAUUGCGACUCGGAGAUGUCCACCAACAGUGAACCGGAUGUGGAGUCAUUCCCGGAGAAGCCGGCACUGGAACCGUUGAAGCUAGUGUGGGCCAAAUGUCGAGGCUAUCCGUGGUAUCCGGCGCUGAUUAUCGAUCCAAACAUUCCGAAAGGCUUCGUGCAUAACGGUGUGCCGCUGCCCGCUCCUCCGACCGAUGUACUGGCCCUGCGCAGCAACUACGAUGAGCCCGUCUUUUUGGUGCUAUUCUUUGAUGUGAAGCGUACUUGGCAGUGGUUGCCGGUGGGCAAGCUGGAACUGCUCGGCGUGGACAAGGAGCUUGAUCAAAGCAAGCUGAUCGAGUCGCGCAAACCUACCGAACGAAAGGCAGUCAACAAGGCGUACCAGGAAGCGCUCCACUAUCAUAGCCAGGUUUCGAGUGCGGAUGGUCCGGCUGGGAAGUUAUGA